UCCUUCGGAUGUCUUUAUUUGAUUCAUUUUCCAAAAAUGUCAAACAGGUGAAGUAGACCAAGCAUCUUAACUGCAGGAUUUUUGGGUCGUCUGAAGUAUUGACAUUGAAACUGGCGGAGUCUUCAGAUAGGAUUCAUUUCUUAGUUCUUCAAAACUCUAAUAUCAGUUAUUUCUCAUAAAGUGGGACAUCAUGCAUUUACUAAGAAAUUACUUUCUUGGAUUUAGAUUUGAUUGGUUGAUACCUUAAUCCCCUGAUUCAACAAGAUGAUGAAGUGUAUUAUCCUGUGCCUGCUUAAGAUGCCCUCCAAGUAAUUUCAACCUGUGUUUCACUGGUACAGAGCUCUACUGCUUUGGUGUAGAUAUAAUUUGUCAUUUACACUGUUUUCUUUCUCCCCAUAACUUGCAGGAAGUCCGGCUCACGAUUGAAGCCAACUACGAAACAAUGGUGAAUGGUCUUCCAUAAAUCCACAUAUUAUUAUGCAAAGAAGGACAGGAUUUUCCCAAGUUGCCCAGUCUUCCGACUUCAUGGCCUAAAAUUCAUUUCAUUUGAACAUAUUGUAAAGAGGAGAAACGAUUAGAGAGAUUUGGCUGAAUUUCCGUUUUGUUACUUGUUUUAUUCAUGGGAAGAGAAUGAAGAAAGGUUACCUUAUAUUAAGUUGUAAUUCCUAUAUUGUCUACUCAUGCCAAAAGCCAAGUGAUGUUUUAAAUUACAAUUAGUUAGUUUUAUCCAAAGAUGUAAAAGACUGCCGUCUUUGGGAGCUUUCAGACUUCUAACAACCUUUGCCCAAAAUAUUAUGAAGCCCCCUUUUCAUGAUAGGCUUUCUUGAAACCAAACUCUCUCCAAGAACAGGCCAACCUCUCCUUUAUAUUCCUUGCUCAUGAAAAAUACCUACAAUAUUAACAUUUUUCAAAAGCAUAAUCAGUGUAUCUUCUUUCCAGGCCCUCCUAAAGAUGUCAAAAAUUGACAAUAACAAUGCUCCAUGGCACCGUCUCAAGCGUGCUUCCACACCAAGGAAGGCAACGGUGCUCGCCAUCGGUAAGGCCUUUCCACGGCAACUAAUUCCUCAAGAAUACUUGGUGGAGGGCUAUAUACGUGAUACAAAAUGCCAAGAUGUCUCCAUCAAAGAGAAACUGGAACGUUUAUGUAAAACAACUACUGUGAAGACUAGGUACACAGUGAUGUGCAAGGAGAUUUUAGAUCAAUACCCAGAAUUGGCAACUGAGGGUUCAUCAACUAUCAGACAAAGGCUUGAAAUAGCAAACCCGGCAGUUGUUGAGAUGGCAUUUGAAGCAAGCUUAGCUUGCAUAAAGGAAUGGGGGAGGCCUGCAACUGAUAUCACCCAUAUCAUCUAUGUCUCUUCCAGUGAAAUACGCUUACCUGGGGGUGAUCUUUACCUUGCCAGUGAGCUUGGCUUAAGAAACGAUGUUAGCCGGGUAAUGCUCUAUUUCCUUGGUUGUUAUGGUGGUGCCACUGGCCUCCGAGUAGCUAAAGACAUAGCUGAAAACAACCCAGGAAGUCGUAUUCUGCUAACCACCUCUGAGACUACCAUUCUUGGUUUUCGACCUCCAAACAAAGCACGCCCUUAUGACCUUGUUGGUGCAGCACUUUUCGGUGAUGGAGCAGCAGCAGUCAUCAUUGGAACCGAUCCAGUAACGGGCAAAGAAUCUCCUUUCAUGGAACUCAGCUAUGCAGUACAACAAUUUCUGCCAGGAACACAGAGUGUCAUCGAUGGGUGCCUUACUGAAGAAGGCAUAAACUUCAAACUUGGCAGAGACCUUCCCCAGAAGAUCGAAGACAACAUUGAGGAAUUCUGCAGGAAACUCAUGUCAAAGGCUAGUUUGACAGACUUCAAUGAAAUGUUUUGGGCAGUUCAUCCUGGAGGACCGGCGAUACUUAACCGCUUGGAAAGCACUCUUAAACUGAACAAGGGGAAACUAGAAUGUAGCAGGAAAGCUUUGAAGGACUUCGGAAAUGUGAGCAGCAAUACCAUUUUCUAUGUGAUGGAAUACAUGAGGGAAGAGUUGAAGAGAGAAGGAGGAGAAGAAUGGGGGCUUGCCUUAGCAUUUGGUCCUGGAAUUACAUUUGAAGGCAUUCUUCUUCGCAGCCUGUAACUACAUGACAUUCAUAUUGGGAAGUUGUUUCUUUGUUUUCUAAUCUUUAUAAUGCCAACAGCAACUUGUUAACUCUCUCUCUCUCUCUCUCUCUCUAUCUAUAUAUAUAUAUAUUCAUAUAUU